CUCCGCAGGAACAAUUCGUCCUGCAGUAAGAUCGGCAUGCGUCUGAAGGUGCUACGGCCCGACGAGGUGGUCCGUGGUGCCGACUGCGAGCCUCUGGUUGCGGUGGCGCCCACUCAAGAGGUCAUCCCUCUCCAGGAGGGGAAGAUGCUGCACUGUCCAGACCUGCAGGAAGCCGGCAGAAUGGUCGGCGAAAACACAACCGUCACAUGGUACCACGUUCAGAGAAACACAGAGGUGCGUCUGGUGUGCACGGCUCUGUUCCCCUUCCUCGAUUCCUUUUGGGAGAUCUGGUGGACGGUCGAUGGGAAGACGCUGGAGAAACUUGCCGACAACCGCUUCACCAACAUCAACAGACAGGUGAUGUACGACUUCGAGGACCGGACGGAGGAGAGCGUGCUGGUGAUCAAGGACUUCCAGCCCGAGGACGUGUACCGGGAGUUUAACUGCUCCGUGAAGAAUAAGAAGGGCUUCGAGACGCGCCGGGCUCAGCUGCAGGAGGAGGUGUCGCUGCCGUCGAUGGAGCUGGGCUGCGGUCUGGGCGUGACUCUGGUCCUGAUGCUGCUCCUCUUCGUGGUGUAUCACGUCUUCUGGCUUGAGCUGCUGCUGCUCUAUCGCUCCUGGUUCGGCACCGACGAGCGGCACACAGAUGAUAAGGAGUACGACGUGUACAUCUCGUACGCGAGGAGCGGCGAGGAGGAGCAGUUUGUUCUGUCGACGCUGCGCAGCGUUCUGGAGAACGAGCUUGGGUACUCCGUGUGCAUCUUCGACAGAGACAGUCUGCCGGGAGGGACCAUCACAGAUGAGACUCUGAGUUUCGUGGCUCGUAGCCGGCGCCUCCUGGUGGUCGUUCGCCCGGGCUACGCCUCGCAGGGCUCCCAGGCUCUGCUGGAGCUGAAGGCCGGCAUCGACGGCAUGGCGCGGGGCGGGCACCUGCGGGUGAUCCUGGUCCAGUACAAGCCGGUGCGACGGCAGGUCUGGGUGCGGGAGCUGAGGCGGGCCCGCGUGGCCCUGGCUCUGGUUCGCUGGCAGGGGGACAAGUCCCGGGAGCUCACGUCCCGCUUCUGGAAGCGCCUGCGGGUGGAGUUACCCCUGAGGAGGGUUAGCGGCGGGGAGGGGGGGGGGAAAGACGUGGCUCUAAUGAGGCUGCACAGUCAGAACAGCACAAACUCCCAAACCGGCCUCAUCACCAACACGGUCAAAGACACGCAGAAAGUGUUCAACUCUGCAGCGUAACGUUAGGGGGGGGAGCCCGACAUUGUAAACAUUCGGGGCUCAGCCCAAACCUAGUGGGGGGUCCAUCUAUACGCACGUUUUCCAUGCAGUUUGAUAACAGAAUGCGUUCAAAUCUGUACAUCAUUUGGGAAAACCUGUGGAGCCUACAUGUUUCUAUUUGUAAGUUACAUAACAUAGGGAGGGUAGGAAUUAGAGCCUGACCGAUAAAGGAUUUUUUAAGGCCGAUAUCAAUACAAAUAUUUGGUGAUUUAAAAAGCCGAUAUUCUGAUA